AAUGUUCCAAUUUUUCCCAUAUUUUAAUAGCAACUGUUGAACUAUAAAUAGAGGCACUAGAGUUCCCCAAGAUUGUCAGUGUGUGUCUUACAACUUUGUCUCAUACAUUCAGCUCAAGAUUCAUUGAAUCAGUUUUUUCUGUGCCUCUUUUUUAACGGUUAAAAAAAUGGCCCGCAAGAAGAUCAGAGAGUAUGAUUCAAAGAGAUUGUUGAAAGAGCAUUUUAAGAGACUUGGAGGUUAUGAUUUGGCCAUUAAGUCUGCACAGGUGACAGAGUCUACUGAUUUCACUGAGCUAGCCGAGAAAGAGCCUUGGCUCAACUCGUCAAAGUUGGUCGUAAAGCCUGAUAUGUUAUUUGGGAAGCGUGGAAAGAGUGGGCUAGUCGCCUUGAAUCUUGAUCUUGCUCAAGUUGCUACUUUUGUGAAGGAGCGCCUCGGCAAAGAGGUGGAGAUGGGCGGAUGCAAAGGUCCCAUUGCAACCUUCAUUGUCGAGCCAUUCAUCCCCCACAAUGAAGAGUUUUAUCUUAAUAUUGUCUCGGACAGGCUUGGUUGCAGCGUAAGCUUUUCUGAAUGUGGAGGAAUUGACAUUGAAGAAAACUGGGACAAGGUUAAGACUAUUUUCUUACCCACAGGGACUUCCUUUACUUCGGAAAUAUGUGCUCCACUUGUCGCGACACUACCAUUGGAGAUUAAGGGCGUCAUUGAGGAUUUCCUCAAAGUGGUUUACACUCUAUUUCAAGAUUUGGACUUUACUUUCCUAGAGAUGAAUCCCUUCGCAUUGGUUGAAGGGAAGCCUUAUCCUCUGGAUAUGAGGGGUGAGCUUGAUGACACUGCUGCUUUCAAGAACUUCAAAAAGUGGGGAAAUAUUGAAUUUCCAUUGCCAUUUGGAAGGGUUAUGAGUGCUACAGAGAGCUUUAUUCAUGGGCUUGAUGAAAAGACAAGUGCAUCUUUGAAGUUCACAGUCUUGAACCCCAAGGGGCGAAUUUGGACUAUGGUUGCUGGUGGAGGAGCUAGUGUCAUCUAUGCAGAUACCGUAGGCGAUCUUGGAUAUGCUUCUGAACUUGGGAACUACGCAGAAUACAGUGGUGCUCCCAAUGAAGAAGAGGUCUUGCAGUAUGCCAGAGUUGUAAUUGAUUGUGCCACUGCAAAUCCUGAUGGCCGUAAGAGAGCCCUCGUUAUUGGCGGUGGGAUAGCCAACUUCACUGAUGUUGCUGCUACAUUUAGUGGUAUUAUUCGAGCUCUCAAGGAGAAGGAAUCAAAACUUAAGGCUGCAAGAAUGCAAAUCUAUGUUAGAAGAGGAGGUCCAAACUACCAAAAAGGUCUUGCUAAAAUGAGGUCUCUUGGCGAGGAAAUUGGCAUCCCAAUUGAGGUCUAUGGACCUGAGGCAACCAUGACUGGCAUAUGCAAACAGGCAAUUGAGUGCAUCACUGCAGCUGCAUAAAUCAACCAACCUCAUUCUCCAAGCUGAACUGUUUUAGUUGUCUUUUUUUUUUUUUUUUGCAAUGUAUUAGUAGUGUCUUGUUGUAUGCCACAUAUAAGUAAUUUGAUUUGUAUCUUUGACAUGUCAAAUUUAAAGGGCCAUGAACAAUGAUCUCCAGUAAUGAAUUCAGUUUUCCAAUCUCAACAUGAAGUCCAUCAAAAUCCUUGGUUCAAGAAUCCUUGUACUACAUCUUGUGAGCAGAGUGCACUGAACUUCUAUCCUUCUUUAAUUAGAAAGGAAACAUCUCAAUGUUAUACUAUUGCCUUAACGUUUUGUUU